AUGGAUCUUGACAUAAAGUUGAAACGGGCCAAUAAAGUCUACCUUGAAGGGGAGAAUUUAACCGGUCUCAUUGUGGUGGACUGCAAGAAUGACUCAAAGCACGAUGGUAUCUUUCUCAGCGUUGAAGCUACUGUCAACAUGCAACUAAGCUCAAAGAAUGUUGGUCUCUUUGAAGCCUUCUACAAUUCAGCUCGACCCAUUCCACUGAUCAGUCAGUACGUAGAGGUGGCUCGAAGUGGCAAGUUCCUCGGUGGUCGCACGGAGAUUCCCUUUGAAGUACUGCUCAAGCCAAAGCAGGGGCGGACUUGUUAUGAGACAUACCACGGCGUCUUUAUCAGCAUUCAGUACUACCUAAAAUGCGAGCUGAAAAGACCGCUGCUGAACAAAGACAUCCAAAAGGUGGUUGAGUUCAUGGUGGAAAUACCUCCUCCGCCAAAGGCCAUUAAAAUUCCUCCAAUUAAAUUCGUUCUGACACCAGACUCCCUUCAGAAUGUUAAAGAUAAAACAAGAGUGCCAAAGUUUCGGAUUUCGGGCCGAAUUGAUUCGACCACCUGCUACAUAUGGGAACCUUUUACCGGUGAGCUGAUUAUUGAACAUUGCGAACAGAUGAUCAAGAGCAUUGAACUGCAACUGGUCCGCGUGGAAACGUGUGGUUGCGCCGAAGGAUAUGCGUGUGAAGUUACCGAGAUACAAAACAUUCAAAUCGGCGACGGCGAGGUGGCCCGAAACACUGUGAUACCCAUUUACAUGGUUUUUCCUCGCCUCUUUACCUGUCCGACGUUGAUCACCAACAACUUUAAGAUCGAGUUUGAAGUUAAAAUUGUCGUCAUUCUCGAGGACAAUCACAUCAUCACGGAGAACAUUCCCAUCCGAAUCAUUCGCUACUCUAGCGAUGAACUGCAAGGGACUAAAUAA